ACGCUGAAAUUUUAAAUACUGAAUCUAAUCAAUUUGUUUGGUAGCUAUCCUUAGGAUGAGAGAGAAGGAGAGUAGAGGGCAUGUACUGGUAAUUCCAUUUCCAGGGCAAGGUCACCUCAACCCUAUGCUUCAAUUCUCAAGGCGUCUGGUCUCUAAAGGGUUGCAAGUCACCUUCAUCGUAACCACCUACAUAUCCAGGUCCAAGCAUCUAGUCAGCUCAUCUAACCGCCUUCUGCAAUUCGACACCAUAUCCGACGGCUACGAUGAGGGUGGCUUUGAGCAAGCUAGUUCCAUGGGUGCCUAUCUUUCAAGUAUACAUACCGUCGGUCCAAGAACCCUAAAAGAGCUCAUAGCGAAAUACCAGAGCUCUUCAAACCCGAUCGACUGUCUAAUUUAUGAGCCUUUCUUGUCCUGGGCUCUUGAUAUUGCCAAGCAGUUUGGAUUGAUCGCGGCUGCGUUUUUCACGCAUGCUUGUGCUGUCGAUUAUGUCUUCUACAGUUUCUACAGGAAAAUGGUGCCGGUUCCCGACGUGAAUUCCUCCUCAAUGCCAGUGCUGAUCGAGGGGUUACCUCCACUAGAGCUUCAAGACUUGCCGACAUUCAUUGUGUUGCCGGAAGCAUAUCCUGCGAAUGCUGAGAUGAUAAAGAGACAGUUUUCUAAUGUGGACAAGGCUGAUUAUAUCCUCGUUAACACAUUCUACAAGUUGGAGUACCAGGUUGUGGAUACAAUGUCAACACUGUGUCCACUGUUGACAAUUGGCCCAACAAUACCAUCCAGUUACUCAGACAAAAGGAUUGAAAAUGAGGACGAUUAUGGUAUUGAUCUCUAUGAAGCUAAUGCAUCCAUUCCCAUUACUUGGCUUAGCACCAAACCAACUGGUUCAGUUGUAUAUGUAUCCUUUGGCAGCAUAGCCAAUAACUUAAGUGAAAAGCAAAUGGAAGAAGUUGCAUGGGGCUUAAAGAGAAGCAAUUUCUACUUCUUGUGGGUAGUUAAGAACUCUGAGGAACAUAAACUACCAAAAGGAUAUGUGGAAGAAGUGGCACCGAAAGGAUUAAUAGUGAAUUGGAGUCCUCAAGUGAAAAUCCUAACAAAUGAGUCUAUUGGGUGCUUUUUUACUCAUUGUGGUUGGAAUUCUACUAUUGAGGCAUUGAGUUUGGGUGUGCCAAUGGUAACAUUGCCACAAUGGAGUGAUCAACCAACAAAUUCUAAGUUUGUUGAGGAUGUGUGGAGAGUUGGCAUUAGAGUGAAGGUUGAUGCUGAUAAUGGAAUUGCCAAAAGAGAUCAAAUUGAAUAUUGUAUAAAGGAAGUAAUGGAGAGUGUUAGAGGAAAAGAAAUGAAGGAGAACUCUAAGAAAUGGAAAGAGUUGGCUGUUGAAGCUAUUAGUGAAGGUGGGACUUCUGAUAAAAACAUAGAUGAACUUGUAUUUAAGGUUACAAAGUUUAAGUCUUUAUAUUAGUUUAUGAUUGUAUGCUCAUCGGAAACUAAAUUUUAAAAUUAUCUGUUCAUGAA